AACAAAAUUGCUGUGCUGUGCGUUUGCGUUUUACGUCAUGACGUUGAGAGCAGCCGCAGUUGUAAACCCGGACGUAACCAACGCCUAGUUGCCGGAGAGAAACGAUGCAGACCAUCAAGUGUGUAGUGGUGGGGGACGGAGCUGUGGGGAAGACAUGCCUGCUGAUCUCCUACACCACCAACAAGUUCCCCUCCGAAUAUGUCCCCACGGUGUUCGAUAACUAUGCGGUGACGGUGAUGAUCGGAGGAGAGCCCUACACGCUGGGACUCUUUGACACAGCAGGUCAGGAGGACUACGAUAGGCUGCGUCCCCUCAGCUACCCCCAGACUGACGUCUUCCUCGUCUGUUUCUCCGUCGUCUCGCCCUCCUCCUUCGAGAACGUCAGGGAAAAAUGGGUUCCAGAGAUCUCGCACCACUGUCCGCGUACGCCCUUCCUGCUGGUGGGCACCCAGAUGGACCUGCGCGACGACAGCAACACGGUGGAGAAGCUGGCCAAGAACAAGCAGCGGCCCAUCUCCCCCGAGAGCGGAGACAAGCUGGCCAGGGAGCUCAGGGCCGUCAAGUACGUGGAGUGCUCCGCUCUCACACAGAGGGGCCUGAAGAACGUGUUUGACGAGGCCAUCCUGGCGGCGCUGGAGCCUCCAGAGACCAAGCCCAAGAAGCGCUGCGUGCUGCUAUAAGGAGGAGGCAGAGGCGGAGAGAAAGAAAGAUGACGAGAGAGGAGAGGAUGAACGAGGACGGUGGGGAGAGCUGGAGAGCCAAACUUGGGAUGGGGAGGGGUGUAGAAACACAGGGUGGGGGUGUGGGUAUGGGUAUGGGUGUAGUAGUGUAGUGUAAUGGGGUGAGGGUGGGUGUGUGUGUUGGGGGGUGGGGGGCAGGCACAAAGGCACACACAAGCGUGGGGAAGGUAGUGGGGGCAUUGAACAAUGAUGUUUUGCCUAACCUGGGAGACGAUCCUGGCAAGAGACAGAGGGAGAGAGUUUGUACUGGAGCUCACUUCAAUGAUACUGUACUGUGCCUUCUUAGCAGUCUUUUCACCGCGAGUGGAAGAGGGGAAAAACAACAGGGGGAGAAAAAAAAGAGGAAUGGAAAGAGUGGUGAAGGAGGUUAAAUGACUGAUAAGCUUCUCAUAAUGGCCACAAAAUGGGGAAACGUUCCAUUAUCUGUUUAACUCGUGGGAUAUAUUCUAAACAAAAGGAAAAGCAUAACAGUGCAGAGCUUCCUUGUAAACUAUGUGUAAACUGGCAUACAGUGUAAGCACUGGGAACAUCUUAGCUUCUCAGUAAAUCAUGUCAAAGUAAAAAAAAAUUACUGCUGCACAGUUAGUCUUUUUUAUUGCUGUCAGUCUAGACUAAAACGGUGUUUGCUUAAUUAGGUCGUUAGCUGUGUAACGGUUGCCAGUAAUAACCUGAGGGUGUUUUAUUAUUAUUAUUAUUAUUAUUACAAGAGGUUUACACAGAGUGUACAAGCAAGCGCUGAGUGCGAAAGCGGGGGCAUUCUUCAUCGAGUUUGGGAGCAUUCUCUGGACUCGGUUGCGUAGCACAGUUCUUCACGGGGUUAAGCCUCAAAGCUGCAUCUGUCUUGGACACUGUGAUUGAAGCACAGGCCAGUGGCCAGUGGAUGAGGGGACUUUUGUUGUUUUACAAGGUCACCGGUACUUCUCAUAGUCUAGUACAAUUACUAGUCAGACAGACUGUUGGAACAGGGCUAUAUUUGGAACGUUUGACCCUGAACAAAGCAAAUACUUGACCCUGUGAAUCUCUUCACAGUUUUGUGUACAAAAAAAAAGUAAUUACACCUUAAUAAUUUGUGGUUGGAUGGGGAAUGAAUUGGGAUGCUUGUUGAACCUUUUCAAGGCCUCAAUUAUGAAGACUCCACUACACAGCUGAGGCUAUGAUGUGUUUUAACGGUUAUGAGAAUCCCUGGUUUUCUAUGUGGAACAGACCCCCCCCUUGCAAGAGAGACACAAAGUUGCCUAAAAGACAUCAACAGUCUUCUGCUUGCCCAUGACGAUGAUCGCAGAGCAAAGUCAGAGCAAAGAAAGAGUGGUGGUUGGUGCCAAGAUCCGACCUGGGGUGCGUUUCUCAGCAGCGUAAUUCCUAACUAAAUUAGCAAGUUGCGUUGCUGCAAUGCAAUUUCCCAUUGGCAUCCUACCACUUUGCUAACUGGUUAGCCACGAGGCUCUCCGGAAACGCACUCCAAAUCCGGCCAGUCCUCCGGGCCAGCAGUAGCUUGUUGGCUGGGUCGGGAUGGGAUGGGACUCGCGCAGGCCUGGUUCUGGCAUGAGCACAGCAAAACCCAACUUUGGAGGUUUUGGGAAUAGCAGAAGGGCCCUAUGGCUGACUGGUGCACCAACCACUCUCUUGUGUCGUUAGCAUAUCACAAGCCAAUUUGGAGAACUCGGUUUAUAUUGUAAAAUGUUUCUUUUUGUGUUGAAUGAUGUGUUUUUUCCCCUCUUUUGGUGGGCACUUUUUUUUUUGUUUUGUUUGAUUUUCUUUUUCUUUUUUGUUUUAAAGCGGUGGACCAGUUUUGAAACUUGAGGUUUUUUUUUAUUGAGGAUUUUAUUUUUAUUCUUUUGUUAGGAUUUCAUCUUGAUUUAUUAAUAAUAUAACAAGUAAAAAUAUAAUAUUUUGAAUAAUGAUGGCAAUUUAACCAAUAAUCAUUGACAAUUCUGAAAGUAAAUUUUUGUGGGUGGUUGUAAUCACAUUAUAUUUGUAAUAAAACUGCUUUAACGAAACCA